AUGCUUGGUGAAAUUUUUGAUGAUUCUGUUUGCCGAUUAACCAAUACGACAUGUGGAAUAAAUAUGGUAUUUAAACCAAUUGCGCAGCUCAAUAAAUCAAAAAAUUUAUUCAACUCUCAAAAAUGCAUUCAGCGUUGUUCAUGUGUAACUGAUGAAUAUGAAGAAAAAGAUGGCAAUUGUAUUAAAAAGAUUGACAAAGAUUCAAAUGAACAGGACAGUCUAAUCAGAUGCAUGCGUGGAAAUUGUACACUCAUGAAAGAAAUUUCUGAUCUUGGAUGCAUGUUAAAAGGGAUCUUCUGUGGGACAAAUAGGAUAUUUAAGACGAUUUUUAAAAAACAGCGAAUUGGAUAUAUGAAUAUCGAAUGUUUGAUGAGAUUAUUACUAGGAGAAUUGAAGCCACGCAAACCACCAGUUUGUUGGACCGAAACCUUGUCCUCUCAUUCUGAACAGUUUUCGUUACCGAUUGCAGAUUUCUGUACUUUAAAAUUAUUAGUUUUAUCUAAUGAUUGUGGAAAUAAAAGAAUAUGCAAAAUUGGUGAAACAAUUUUCGAUGUCGAUUGUAGUUUAACUGGGAAUAAAUGUGGAAAAAAUGCGAUUUUCAUUCCAAUUAUUGAAGAAAAGUUUAAUCCAUUGAUGGCACCUCGAAACUGUAUUCAACGAUGCACUUGCAAAACUACACAUGAAUAUGUCGCUAAAUCAAUUAGUUGCGAGAAAAAGAGAGAUAAAAUUAAAAUCGAAAAGCAAUCACAUAGCUUUACUGAAUAUUGUCCACAAGCUUACUAUAGUCAUGCGCAGGAGAUUACUGACAUUGGCUGCAGAUUGGCUGGUCACGUGUGCGGAACCAAUAUGAGAUUUGUUCCUAUGGAGUGGUAUUGUGAAGGAGGAUUUUGUCAGCUAAGAAAAAAAAUUUAUGAUUAUGGCUGUAGACUCAGUGGUUUGGAGUGUGGAAUUAACAUGAAAUUCAUAACUGUGCAACAACUUAAUGACGAGAUUUGUAUUCAAGAAUGUAAAUGUGCAAACAAAGAAUUCGUAGAAAAAAAUGGAAAAUGUGAAAAUAAAAAAAAGAAUAAACAGAAACUCAUUCAAACGACUAAUAACUUGUUAACGAAAUUUCUUAAAAUCGGGCAAAUAUUAAAAGAUUUUGGAUGCUUAUCAACAAACAGUGAAUGUGGAAAUGAUAUGGUUUUUCGUCCAGUCGUACGAUUUUAUGAUAUUCCAUUCUUGUUGCGGCAUGAAGAUGAAGAAUGUUUUCAACGUUGCUCCUGUAAAAAUAAUUACAACGAACAAAACGGCCAGUGUAUUAAAGAGAUUGACAUUCAAAAGUUUACUCAUCUUGAAGAAUUUGAGAAUGAUGAAGAAUUUGUUGGAAAUCGACGAUGCUUUGAAAAUGAAGCUUGCGAACUUGGCGAUAAAAUAAACGAUGAGGAAUGUCAAAUGACUGGUCUGAAAUGUGGUGCGAACAUGGUGUUUAGUCCAACUUCUUUUGCGAUGACUAAUCGAUGUGUUCAAUAUUGCGUCUGUGAUAAUGAGUCCAUGGUAGCAGAUGAUGAAUGCAUUAAGAGAAAUGCACUUAAUCUACGCCAUCAAGAUGAAAAUCAAAAUAUAACACAAGAGGGAAUGCAGAAAAAUCGUGAGGAAAUUGUGCUUAAUUGUAUGCGUGGAUUGUGCAAGCUUAUGGAAGAAAUUUACGAUUUUGGAUGUGUGAUGAAAGGGCGUUCAUGUGGCCGAAAUAUGGUCUUCACUAUAGUUUCGAAUAGAACAUUCACUACAAAUUUCGAAUGUAUUGUGAGAUGUAUAUGCGCGCAUGGAUAUUACGAAAAAAACAAUCGAUGUAUUUCGCUGGAAAAAUCUUCUCCGUGCAAAGGAAAAGUGUGUACAUUUGGCGACAGAUUUUUUGAUGCUGAUUGUCGUUUAAGUGGUAUCAAGUGUGGUAUUAAUAUGAUAUUUAUUACCGUCCAAAAACUUCCUCCAUCUUCAUCAUGCAUUCAAGAAUGUCGCUGCAAGAGCGGAUUCGAAUUCGAUAGCAAAUGGUCGAUUUGCGAAAAAAAUACGAAUAAUACGGUAUCCCUCAAUUUUAUCAAGUAUUGCUCAGAACCUUACGAAUUCGAAGAGGAGAUUUCUGACCAUGGUUGCCAUUUAACUGGUAAAAAAUGUGGAAAUAAUAUGGUUUUUGCUAUUGCGGAAAAUUUCACUUUUACCAACAAUAGUGUUGAAUGCAUCCAGCGGUGUAUUUGUGAAGAUGGUUCUGAUUACUCGGAAGAAAUUGGAGAGUGUACAAAACUAUGGUACUGCGAAGGAGGAUACUGCAAACUUGGAAGACAAUUCCUCGAUUAUGGUUGUGUACUCACUAAUUUUAGUUGUGGUAUAAAUAUGAAAUUUAUUAAUAAUGGAAAAAAUGAGAAUACUGGUGAUUGUGUUCAGCGAUGCAGUUGCCUUAGUGAGAAAUAUCUCGAAAUUGAUGGGCAAUGUCUAUAG